CUGAAGGAGGCUGAAUUGGAGUCAAAUUCCUGACCGCCUCGUAGCUCCAACACGACGCACUCAGGACGCAGGGACCACCGACGGACUCAUUGAUGAUCCAUACAAUCGAUAAUUAUUAAUUGUUAACACCGGGUGAUCUUUUAACACCACUUGUGGACGUUUUCUUUGUUAUUCCCACAGAAUAUCUUUUCGUCUCUCCGCGCGUAACUGGACUCGCUGCUUUGCGUCAGAUGGUCCGUUACAAGUUCUCUGUUCCGUUUUAGUAUUUAAAAAGUGUUUAUUCAAGACGUUUGGUAACACUUUUUAAUAGUUACUUGUCGCACUCGGAUUUCAAAACAAAAUAUUUAGUUUUCCACAACGGAAGUGAAGUGAGCGUCGUGGACUGCAUGUCUGCUGUCGUGUUCCAAACAUGGAGGAUGUAAGAAGUCCAUAAGCUCUAGUUGGACCUCCUUUUUCUCCUUCUUCAUGUCGACAUGUUUGCCGGACUGCUGGGCCUGAAAUGUCACCGCAACUCUCCGCACCGUCACAGGGAAGGAGUCGUAGAAGGUGGCAUGGCCUCGGGGACAGCUGGCAGCUUCAGCCGUAAGAGGCUCCACCGGAGGUACAUGAGAGAGGAGCAGAGCAGGCCACAAACCACUACUGAUGAUCAGGAAGACGAUGACGAUGUUGACAACUACAUGAGUGAAUGUCAAACUGAUGCGAUGAGUCUAUCACCUGCUGGCAGAAUAUCCCCAAUGAAUCUUCUACCAAAUGAUGACAUUCCUUUUCCCUCCACUAACUGCAGUACCCUCAAUGGUGCUUCCAAUCACUGCAGGGAACUCAUGUUAAAGCCAGACCCAGUCCUACUUCAUUCAGCUCAGGCCAGAGUGGCUACCCCAGAAGACUCUUUCAAUUCCAGCUUCAGUUUUAUUCAGCAGUCUCUCUCUACACCACCACAAGAUUCGGAAUCCCCUCAAGCCACAAAAGUGCCUCAUUUGUCUCAUAUUAAACCAGCAUCUUUGGAUCAGCCUGAGUCAAAGCAGUCACCCCUGAUCACCUCGACCUCUGUCCCUGGCAGCCAUGAAGACAGGACGAACAUCUCACUAUUAAGUGGAAGGUUUUGGGGUGAACGUGUGUGGGGCAGCAAGGAGGUGGAUGGUGACUUUCAGUGUCAGGAUACAGAAGUCACCUCGUCACUGUCACUGGACUCAGACACGGCCUCUGCAUCCUCGGUCACCUCGGGAUACGAAAGCGCCACACCCACUUCCGACCAAGGCUGGGACAAUUUGGUGAAGAAGUACGAGCACGUGCUGCAAGACUGCCUCCAAAGCAACCGGACACACACUAAGAUCGAGUCUAUGAUGUUAAAGCUCCACAGACUCCAGCAAAAAGCCAUCAUGGAAGAUGAUUACGAUGCAGCUGAGCGAUUUGGGAAAAAGCUGGAGGAGCUGUGCAGAGAGCGAGGUGCUCUGAAGUUGGGUUUACCUUCCAGGCAGCCCAGUGUGGCCCUGUUUCUGGAGAGGCUCAGACAGGUGGUGCAGAGCGCCCUCCAGAGGACAGACACCUGUAAGCACAGGUCGAGUGCAGAACUUGAUGCAGGGGAGCGGUUGGAUUCAAGCCGUAGAGAUCGUCUCAUCCAAGAGAAACGGGCAGUAGAGGACGAAACAAAAGAGCUGCAGCAGAGGCUGACGGAGCUAAAGGAUCGCAGUCGGCGUCUGGAGAAACAGAUCCAGCGCGAAGAGCAGCAGAUGGAAGCUGAAGAGCUGGAAGGCUCUGUGCUGAGGAGCUGCACCGUCGCUCAGCUCCGAGACAUGAACCGAACCCUUCAGGACCUUGUGACUUCUGAGAACCGCACACAGAUAGCCAUCUCUCCUCCGCCCUCAAUGCUCAGACUCCAAGAACAAGAGCAGGCAUUGACUCUAUCCAUCAAGGAAGCUACAGCCAAAGUGGUCAUGAGUCAGAAGCUGGGCAGCAGUCUGAGGAGGAAAGUCAGUGAGGUUGAGACACAGCUCUUAGCUCUGCAUGAAGCCAAACUGGCUGCCAUCUCAGGUAAUGACUUCAGCAGUGCCAAGGAGCUGAAGGCUGAAAUUAAAGCGAUGUACCAGGAGCAAGAGAGACUGGAGGUUCUGGCCAAGAGGCUGCACAGUCUAAGCUCAGGAAGCAGCCAGGAGCUAGCCAGGAUGAAGGAGCAGCGGCAGCAGCUCAGACAGGAGCUGGAGCAGAGGGAGGCACAGCAUGAAAGCAAGUUGAAAGAAAACACCGGAAAGUAUAUUGAGCUGUUGGAGGACAGGUUGCACAGCUGUAGCUGUCCAGGCUUGGAGCGGAUUUGGGAAGCCGACCUGGAGGCAUGUCACUUGUUCUUACGUGGCCUGCAGCUGCAGACAUCCAGCUACAGUGGAGCGGACUUUGAGGACGACCUCGCCACCGCUGGUUAUCCGUCAAAUCAAGUGGGCACCAAAGAGGAAGAAGACAGCGCCAUGUUGACUGCCUUAGGAGGCCGCUGGUGUCCCGAGGCCAAUUUACAGAACUCUGAGUUCACCAAGAAACUGGAAGAGUUUUUGUUCAGCAUGGAGGAUAUUAACCCACAGCUGCCGUCGACUCCCCUGAGACACUGCGCCUCAAGACACCCGUGGAGACACCCUUCCGACUAUCAGCAGGACGUGUCCAGUGAGGAUGAAGCAGCAGACCUGGCAGAGCGCUGUGAGCUGAUCGGUGAGAGACUUAUGACCUUGGAAGAUGACUUACAGACGGCCAUACUGAACCGGGAUCAGGCCCUGACUGAGUCGCUGGAGGGACAAGUUCAGGAAGUUAAAGCCACUUUGCAAAACAUGCUCUCCCUGCUCAAAGAGGAAGUCAAAGAGGAAUCCAACGAAGACGACCCUGUAGAAAAUGGGAUUUUCGAGGAGGACGAGGAGGAAGACCAGUACUUCAGUGACAGCUGGGACAUUUGAAGCCUGUUGUGUUUUAUGAGCACUCACACUCCUGACCUCCACUCUCCAGUGGAAGUGACCCUUCUUCCACUUACUGCAAAGCAUCAGGCCAAGCUUUUUACAAACGGCCCCCCGUGGAACUGCUCAAAGUCUCCAGUUGUUCAAACAAGGGUUUAAAACACAGGAAAUACAGUAAGUGCCUUCAGGUCUUUCUUGCUACGUUUGUCAGUUAAGUUCAAUCAAUCUACGAAAGUCAGUAUAAUCCUCCUGAGAGCCAGCGUUGGGUUUUAUGGAACAGUUUAAUGCUCAGCGGCCUUGUAGUUAGAGUGUCCGCCCUGAGAUCGGUAGGUUGUGAGUUCAAACCCGGGCCGAGUCAUACCAAAGACUAUAAAUACGGGACCCAUUACCUCCCUGCUUGGCACUCAGCAUCAAUGGUUGGAAUUGGGGGUUAAAUCACUAAAAUUAUUCCUGAGCGCAGCCACCGCUGCUGCUCACUGCUCCCCCCACCUCCCAGGGAGUGGAAAAAGGGAAUGGGUCAAAUGCAGAGGCUAAUUUUACCACACCUAGUGUGUUUGUGACUAUCAGUGGUACUUUAACUUUAACAGAGCUAUUUUUUUUAAACUCCUGACAAAAGAAAUUGACCAACUUCAAGUCCACUGCAGAUGACGCUGGUUCUCAGGAAGUUAUGUCAACAAUUAUACUAACAAAGCUCAGUGAGCAAAACAGAAAAUGUACACUGAACCCCAAAAUGAGCACAACAUUUUUCUUUGACUUUUUGUGGGACCAAAAAUGUAUUUUACUAGGGAUGCACAAUGAUUUUUUUCUCAAGCCGAUACCGAUAUUAAUAACCCGCUUCUCAAUACCAAUAACUUAUUUAUACUGUGGAACCUCGAUUCACAAACUUACUUGAUUCUUUAACAUAGUUCGUAAACUAAAAAGUUCGCACAGUGAACAGAGUUUAGUGGACCAGUGGUUAGUGUGUGUGCCUCACAAAACAAAGGUCCUGAGUUCAAUCCCAGGCUAGAGAUCUUUCUGUGUGGAGUUUGCAUGUUCUCCCCGUGACUGCGUGGGUUCCCUCCGGGAACUCCGGCUUCCUACUCAGUGGCCUAGUGGUUAGAGUGUCCGCCCUGAGAUCGGUAGGUCGUGAGUUCAAAUCCCGGCUGAGUCAUACCAAACACUAUAAAAAUAGGACCCAUUACCUCCCUGCUAGGCACUCUACAUUAAGGGUUGGAAUUGGGGGUUAAAUCACCAUAAAUGAUUCCCGGGCGCGGCACCGCUGCUGCCCGCUGCUCCCCUCACCUCCCAGGGGGUGAUCAGGGGUGAUGGGUCAAAAGCAGAGAAUAAUUUCACCACAUCUAGUAUGUGUGUGACAAUCAUUGGUACUUUAACUUUUAACUCUCCUCCCACCUCCAUAUAUAUUUUGAUAUUUUGAUUGGUAACACGAAAUUGGCCUUAAGUGUGAAUGUGAGUGUGAAUGUUUUCUGUCUGUGUUGGGCCUGUGAUGAUGUGGCGACUUGUCCAGGGUGUACACUGCUCCUGCCCGAAUGCAGCUGAGAUAAGCUCUAGCAACCACCGCGACCCGAAAGGGACAAGCGUUAAUUAUUAAACCAACAUAAGGUGGCUGUUAUUAAGGUCCAAUGUGGAAUAUUUUUCGGUCUCAUCACAAUUAAAGACUUACUGUGGAACAAAUCCCCCUUCACUGAUAAAAUGUUCGAACUGAAGGUGCCACAAGGCGGAGGCUAUUUAGUUAGAACGCUAGCUCAAAGCAGUUGUCUAGCAACUCAUAGCUAUAGAGCCAGACUGUGAGAGUUUGGACACGUUCAAAGCGUUUCUGAUCACAAAAAGUCAACUCUCAGACAGGCUGACUCAACUUUGGGGUUUGACAAUUGUGGGAAUAAGCGAGUCAGAAGCGUUGCUUGCCGACAAAGUUCUUGGAAAUGGCAAUGCCCUUGUGUACAGGAUGCAAACAGGAUGUGAGGCAGGGCCUCUUUAAAAUACAGGAAGUGAAGUCAUCCAAAUAGCAGCCCAUGAUAGUUUCAAGCGACAUGCAAAACAAAUGAAUGAAUGAAGCAUUCGUACCACGAGACAUAGUUUGCACACGGAGGCAUAUUUGCCUUGCUGUAAUCGUAAACUGAAAAGGUUGCAAAUAGUGGCGUUCGUAAAUCAAAGUUCCAUUGUAUCUAUUAUGUUUUACAUUUAGUGGUAACUGCAGUUUGUGAUAACCUCUGAUGUGUUGAAGCGCAAUGUUUUUUUCCCUUCUUACGGAAUGUUCGCAGAACAUUUGGUUAGAAUAACAUGCAAAAUGUCUUCCUCUUGAAAACUGAGAAACCAUGUUUGUUAGGAGCAGAGGUGGGUAGUAACGCGCUACAUUUACUCCGUUACAUUUACUUGAGUAACUUUUGGGAUAAAUUGUACUUCUACGAGUAUUUUUAAUGCAACAUACUUUUACUUUUACUUGAGUAUAUUUAUAGAGAAGAAACGCUACUUUUACUCCGUUCCAUUUAUCUACAUUAAGCUCGCUACUCGCUACUUUUUUUUUAAUCGAUCUAUUAAUGUUUGUUUUGGUUAUGACAGAGCUUCAAAGUAGAAUCUACGCAUGCCUGCGUUUCACCAAUCACAUGCAGUCACUGGUGACGUUGGACCAAUCAAACAGAGCCAGGCGGUCACAUGACCGUGAUACGUAAAACCCGACAAACUUAUUCGGGUGUUACCAUUUAGUGGUCAAUUGUACGGAAUAUGUACUGUAAUGUGCAAUCUACUAAUAAAACUAUCAAUCAAUCAAUCAAAAGUGUAAAGGAAAAAAGACACUUUUUAUUUCAACCCUACUUCCCGUCAAAAGCCCAAAGACUGAUCGCACAGUUCCUGUCUUCACAAUAAAAGCGCCGCUCCAUCGCGCCUGCGUUAACAAAAUAAGAGUCUCCGAAAGCCAGCGCAAACAAGCUAGCAAGCUACGGUGUUUGCCGCCAAUGUAUUUCUUGUAAAGUGUAUAAAAACAAAUAUGGAAGCUGGACAGAUAAGAAGCCAAAAACCAACGACUUUCAUGUGGUAUUAGACAGAAAAGAGGAACUUUUUUUCUCCUCCAUUUGAAAACGUGGACGUCUGAUUCCAAUCAAUGCAAGUCAUCAGAAUCAGGUAAUACACCAACUUAUAUUCUUGUCUUCAUGAAAGAUAGGAAUCUAUGUUUGAUUGAUUGAUUGAUCGAUACUUUUAUUAGUAGUUUGCACAGUACAGUACAUAUUCCGUACAAUUGACCACUAAAUGGUAACACCCGAAUAAGUUUUUCAACUUGUUUAAGUCGGGGUCCACGUUAAUCAAUUCAUUUGUUAAACAUGCAUGUAUAUUCAUUAAAACACCUUCUACAUGUGAACAAAAACGGCAAAAUAAAUAAAUAUAAAUUAUAUACUGUAUAUAUAAAUGUAUGUAUAUAUAUAUAUACAUAUAUAUAUAUAUCAUAUAUAUAUAUGAUAUGUGUGUGUAUAAAUGAUAUGUGUGUGCAUGUAUAUGAUAUGUGUGUGUAUGUAUAUGUAUAUAUGAGGUAGAUCACCUCGACUUGGUCAUUUACUAAGCAAUUGAUAAACGUUGAAAAACUUAUUGGGGUGUUACCAUUUAGUGGUCAAUUGUACGGAUUAUGUACUGUACUGUACAAUCUACUAAUAUAAGUUUUAAUCAAUCAAUCAAUCAAUUAAAUCAAUGAAUGCCUACUGAGGCUAUGGUGCUGUUAAGUUAUUGUGGCUCAAUGUGCCAUUUUUUUAUUUUAUUUUAAUGUACUAUUCUUUAAUAUACAUCAUUGUUUUAGUUGCUUAAGAGAUAUUCCUGGCUCUGAAUUUGCUCAUUUCUAUUUUUAUGUUUUUGUGCAUUAUUUGUUGCCGUAGUCAGGUUACUCAGUACUUGAGUAGUUUUUUCACAACAUAUUUUUACUUUUACUCAAGUAAAUAUUUGGGUGACUACUCCUUACUUUUACUUGAGUAAUAAAUCUCUAAAGUAACAGUACUCUUACUUGAGUACAAUUUCUGGCUACUCUACCCACCUCUGGUUAGGAGUGAGCUCAGGGAAGGUUGACAGCACAAACAGGAGGAAGGGAGCACUUAGUUUGCUCACCCUAACCACCUAUGGUAGAGUAUGGGUAAUCUCGCUUUAUUGGAUUUUAUUUUUUUUGGAGCUAUUUUCAAUCUCGUUGGAUUUAUUGGUAUGACGUCAUAGUUCCUCAUAUUUAUUGUGCACCCCUAGUGUUUACGUCCUGUGGAUUUUAUAUGCAUUUUUUAAAUUGUCAUUUUUUUGUGCUUUAACACUAUUGUUUCCAUGUGAAAAUGCAACAUUUGUGUUCUGUGGCUGAAGGAUAACUUUGAAAAGGAGUAUUAGGAUCACAAAUAACAAGAAAAAAAUACAAUUAAAAAAGUCAUUUACUGAUAAGACUUAAUUUGUAAUAUUACAAGAGUAAAAAUUAUUUAAUCAAAAUGUUUUUGAUUAAAUGUCUAAAUCCUGCAUGCAAAACAUAAAUGCAAGAGUUUGAGUCAGUACAGCAGUUUAUGUUUCUCUUCUCUCAGCUGUAUAUCUUUUAGCAAAUCUUUAUAUAUUGUUUUUCUUAAAAGUCAACAAACCAGUUAAAUUAGUCUAAGUUUGUACUGUGACUUGACAAGAUCCCAAAACAUUUCUCGGAAGCUAUAUGUUAUGUAUUUUUUCUUUUUUGUCAUACAAACCCCGUUUCCAUAUGAGUUGGGAAGUGAAGUGAAGUGAAGUGAAUUAUAUUUAUAUAGCGCUUUUCUCUAGUGACUCAAAGCGCUUUACAUAGUGAAACCCAAUAUCUAAGUUACAUUUAAACCAGUGAAUUUGGAAAUUCACUGGUUUAAAUGUAAUUUAAAUGAAAUUGUGUUGGAUGUAAAUAUAAACGGAAUACAAUGAUUUGCAAAUCAUUUUCAACCCAUAUUCAGUUGAAUAUGCUACAAAAACAACAUAUUCGAUGUUCAAACUGACAAACAUUUUUUUUUGCAAAUAAUCAUUAACUUUAGCAUUUGAUGCCAGCAACACAUGACAAAGAAGUUGGGAAAGGUGGCAAUAAAAACUGAUAAAGUUAAGGAAUGCUCAUCAAACACUUAUUUGAAACAUCCUACAAGUGUGCAGGCUAAUUGGAAACAGGUGCGUGCCAUGAUUGGGUAUAAAAAGAGCUUCCCAAAAAAUGUUCAGUCUUUUUCAAGAAAGGAUGGGGCGAGGUACACCCCUUUAUCCACAACUGUGUGAGCAAAUAGUCAAACAAUUUAAGAACAAUGUUUUUCAAAGUGCAAUUGCGAGAAAUGUAGGGAUUUCAACAUCUACAGUCCAUAAUAUCAUCAAAAUUUUCAGAGAGUCUGGAGAAAUCACUCUACGUAAGCGGCAUGGCCGGAAACCAAUAUUGAAGGACCGUGACUUUCAAUCCCUCAGACGGCACUGUAUCACAAACCGACAUCAAUCUCUAAAGGAUAUCACCACAUGGGUUCAGGAACACUUCAGAAUACCACUGUCACUAAAUACAGUUUUUCGCUACAUCUGUAAGUGCAAGUUAAAACUGUACAAUGCAAAGCAAAAGGCAUUUAUCAACAAUAUCCAGAAACGCCACCAGCUUCUCUGGGCCCGAGAUCAUCACUGAUGCAAAGUGUAAAAGUGUUCUGUGGUCUGACGAGUCCACAUUUGAAAUUGUUUUUGGAAAAAAUCGACAAUGAGUGGCUUUAAAUGGCCAAAGGUAUAGAUGUGUGUGUCCAAGUUAAAGACAAUAGCAGGCUGUCUUCUUCUAAUGGAUUUAUUACAAUCUUUGGCAAGCUGGGUAAUGUUUGCUGUGGUCUGGAACAACAUGGCGCACAAAAAAUUAUCUGAAAUGCAGCAGUAUUACAUACAGAUAAUGUGUCAUGUGACACGCAAAAAUUAAUUAUAUAUACAAAGAGGAUACAUAUAAAGUAAAUUAAAUAAGCUCAAAUAUACCUACAAAUUAGGCAUAAUGAUGCAAUAUGUACAUAGAGCUGGCCUAAAUAGCAUGUUAGCAUUGCUUUGCUUGCAGUCAUACACUGACCAAAUAUGCCUGAUUAGGACUCCACGCAAGUCAAUAGCAUCAACAAAGCUCACUUACUGUUUGUGCAUUCACGCACAACAUAAAAUGUUUGGUGGACAAAAUGAGACAAAGAAGGAGUGGAAGAUUUUACAUGUAAACAAACUGUUGUGUUUAUUUGUGUUUUCCCCCCAUCUUUUUCCAUUUUCAAUGCUUUUUUAAAAAAUGUUCCAGGGAACCACGAGGGCGGCACUAAAGAGCCGCGGGUUGCUGAGCCUCACUUUAAGCGAACGCCACUGUGACGACAACAGAAGUGAAGCGCGCUGACAUGGCAAGAACAUUUUAAUCGCAAACAGUUUGAUCUAAUUAAUUAAUGCAAACAAAAGGUAACGUAGGGUUGGGGGUUAAUAUGUAUCUUUAUUUUAGUUGCUUUAUUGUUAGGUGCGCAACGACCGGUACAAACAUUUUCUUUUUGUUCAUUGCAUACAGACGGCCAAACAUGCAACAACCAUUAGCUGUUUUUCCACCAUAUUUCGUCAAAGUUUGGAUAAAAUACAUUUCGCAUUGUCACAAGCGUAUAUUGACCUACUUGGGUCACGUUACAAAUGUCCAGUGUUGUCCACUCCCGCGUAGUCCCCACCACUGUGGAUGUUCCUUUACAAGGGUGUUCCCUUACAGUGCCUGCGUCCAGUAGUUGGACCAUCCAUCCAUCCAUUUUCUACCGCUUAUUCCCUUCCGGGGUCGCGGGGGGCGCUGGCGCCUAUCUCAGCUACAAUCGGGCGGAAGGCGGGGUACACCCUGGACAAGUCGCCACCUCAUCGCAGGGCCAACACAGAUAGACAGACAACAUUCACGCUCACAUUCACACACUAGGGCCAAUUUAGUGUUGCCAAUCAACCUAUCCCCAGGUGCAUGUCUUUGGAAGUGGGAGGAAGCCGGAGUACCCGGAGGGAACCCACGCAUUCACGGGGAGAACAUGCAAACUCCACACAGAAAGAUCCCGAGCCUGGAUUUGAACCCAGGACUGCAGGACCUUCGUAUUGUGAGGCAGACGCACUAACCCCUCUGCCACCGUGAAGCCCAUUCUCGAAAUAUUGGCAGAAAUGAGGCAGACAGGAAAUGAAACCAUAAUGAGAGUACUGGAUAGGAUAUAAAACAAAAUACAUGAACAUAAGAAAACAAAGUCCAAACCUUUCAGGACAAUCAUGGCAAUUCUCAUGAAGGUAAAACUUUUAUGAGCUGUGUGGAUACAAUUACUUUUUUCACAUAAACUUCUGAUUUUUUUUCCGUUUAAUACCCUUUUUAUCUUGUGUAAUUUGGAAUUUGUUCUCCUAAUUUUACAAUUUAAUCUUAAAUUAUGAGUUUAAUAAUAUAAUUUUUAUAUUUUUACAUUCUAAUUUCUUAUCAAAAAAUAUAUAUUUUUGAAAUUUUAUGACUUUUUUAUUGUAUUUUUUUCUUUUCAGUGAGUCACUAAUAAUCCUAUAAAAUAACUUGAUGCUUUUUAAAAAAAAAAAAAAAAAAGGAAAACUUGCACGUGCAUUAAGCAACUUUAAAGGAUAAAAUAUCAGUUGGCACAACAAAAGGUGUGAAGCUGUUUGCGCAAGCAUUCAUGAAUCCUGUUCAUUCCUAACAUUGUAUAAUCUUAUUCUUUCACGGGCUGUACAAUCCUGUAUUUCCUAUUUAUUGCUUCUCGUGUGUCACUAAUUACAGUAUGUGCCUGAUGAUGAGUCCUGCUGUUUUUUUGUUGUCGCCACUUUAGCGACGGCCCCUCAUGGCGAAUGUGCGGGCAUUCUUCCAGGCGAGCGGGGGCAGUGUUGACAUGUCGCAGCUAUCAAUGCUCUAAUAAAGGUCCUCCAGUGAGGUC